UUUGUGUUUUGACUUAUUUGUGAACAUUAACAUGACGGUGUCUUCGUCAUCUAAGGUGGCCCUACACCUGUAUCUAAACAACCCGACUGGCCUCCUAAGUGCGCUCGUCCCCAACUAUACAGUGAACCAAACCAAGCCCAUGGGUACAGAUUCCAUCCAUAACAGACCUAUGGUUCCACAUCCCAGCCCCGGGAACCAAGUGACCAAUACCAGUGGUGCUGAUGUGGGCAGUCAUGAGCGUCGUAAAAUUGAGAAAGUGAAAGAGAAUGAGGCUCAAUGUCAAUGUCUUAAAAAGUCCUUUAAGCAAAAGUUUGAUGAAGAUAUGACUGCAAUGAUGUCUGCAAAUGACCAAAAUAAAAAAUAUUCCAGUGGAAAUUGGCUGAAACAUGACGCAUCUGGAAGUAAUAACACUCAUAUACCGGCAGAAUUUGGUACGGCAACGAAAUCGAGCGCUUCCGAAGUGGGAUACAGUAGUCAUAGCCCCGUGUUUUAUAACAAGUCCCCACGUGCGCCUGGCGGCCCCUGCAACAGUCAUAGUGUCCCCGCUCUGGGGUUCACGUGGUCCCUAAACACGGAGCGGCCGGGUCACACCUCCCCACAACGGAAGCCGCCGCCGAACGCCCUCCUGGAAAAGCUUGGUCGCCUAAAACUAGAUGAUCCAAUCGGCGUCGUGAAACUGAAGCGGAGAAAGGUCCACCCGGCCUUCUACAACAUCAACAAAAUGAGACUGAAGUAUAAGGAUUCGCAGCGACGUUCAAAUGAGCGUCUCCAUGAAUGGCUAGACGAGUACACGGUGGUGAGCGAGCGGCAGCAGGCGUAUUUGGCGCGCAUCGACCAGCUGCGACGGGGGCUGCAGCAGAGGGACGACCAGCACGUCAUAGAUACUGUGGAGCGCAUGCGGCGGGGGCCGCCAUACAAACACCGCCGCAAGUUCCCGUUAUACUCGCUUACUCGCCUCGAAGAAAGCACCGGAAGCCAGGGUCCGUCACCGUUCCCAAGCCGCCCAUCCGGACAGCCGAUUGAAAACGGCAAUAUAUCGGAGGGAGCAACAAAGGCGGCCCCCACUAUGAUUAAAAUCGGGCCGCGAACGCACCCGAGGAAGUUGGCGCCGAUUGUUAAACGUGUAAAAACUAACAAAUAUGAUAAAACGUUAGUAGUUGAGAAUGUAGAUGGGCGUGAGGAGGCGCAUGUGCAUGAAGACACGCCGCGGCCAGAGAUGGCGAAAAUGAAAACUGAAUAUGAACCUUUUGAAUCGAUCGCUAAGAGAAAUAGACUUAAUUUGACUUCAUAUCUAAACUCAUCACUUAGCCACCGCCGCCAACACAAGCGACGUCCGGUGAACAUGUCCACGGUUACUGUCAUAGAUGAAAGAUCAGAACUGGAGGAAAGCAGUAACAUCAGUCCGGACAUUUCUUCCAAGAAAAUAGUGCCGCUUGUAAAAGGCGGAAAACAAAGAUAGAGGAAUAAAAAUGUACUCGGCAAAAGUCAUGCGACAACGCGUUCAAACACAUCGAUAUUUCAAAACAAAUAUUUAUAAGUCAUAAGUGUAAGUCGUUUUAAAAAAAAUGCAAAACGUACCCUGAAUAUUCAUUAUUGCAUCACAGCAUCCAAACAUGCUUGGUAUGGGUAAGUGUCUAACAUUUACUAACUUUACGCUUUUUUAAUAUAAACACAGCCUAGCCAAAUUUCAAGAGUUUACCAAAACUGUGAUAACAUUUUAUUUGACAUAUAUGUGAUCAUCUUAAUAUUAAACAGAACCGCCAAAUCAGAAAUAUUUCAGUCAUUUAUGUGACGUUGGUAUGAUGUAUGCAACGUUUGUUCAGUAAUAGCGUGGAAAAACAACAAUAUAUUUUAAAAUACUA